UAUCUGUAUUUAGAGGAGAUGAGGUCAACAUGGUUCUGUGGGGGAGACUUUUACUACAAUUGGGGAGCAUUGUAGAAGCUACUGGAACAUCUUCUCUCAUAUUGGUCAUCACCUCCAUACAAGCGAUUGAAUGGAUGGGAGAAUAUUGUUUCUCCUCUUCAUCAUCAACUGAAUGGUUUCCCAAUAUUGAUAUCUCGGAAGUCAUUGCCUUUAUCACCGGGAAUCCUGAAAGUAAGCCACCUAUUUUGAUGGAGAAGCACACACUAGCUAAAAUUCCCAUAGUUACUAUGACUGAGCUUCAAGGCUUGAGUUUAUACCAGCAAGAUGAGGUCAUUUCCAAUACCAUUUUCUACUUGCUGAUCAAAGAUAUAUUCCAC